UAAGGCUUUGUAUAUAUUUGGUGCUCGAGACUGUCUCGAGAACUCGAGGAAGAAGAGGAUGAGGCUGAGGAUGAAGGGGACGCUGCUGUUGCUGGAGCACAUCCUGCUCUUGUGUCUGUGUGAAGCUACACGUCCUGGUGAACGCAUCGGUCAGAGUCUAAAGAAACAGCUUAAACAGGUCGUAAAGCAGCAGGCCGGACAAGGACAGGGUCAAGGUCAAGGUCAAGGUCAUCUCCAAAGACCGACACGGCCAGGUCAAGGACAAUGUGGGCAUAACAAGUGUAUUAACUUCCCUGGGUUAGUGUGUGACAGAGGCAACGGCAAAUGUAAUUGUCCCGGGGGCAAAGUCGGAGAUGGGCGGGUACAGUGUGCUGAUCCAGCCCGUGCAUGUCUCUGCACGAUGUAUGGCGACCCCCACGUCGUCAACUUCAAAGGCCAAAAGUUUACACUUCCGCUUCCGUGUAACCACGUGCUGGCUGAUUUGGCCACGCCCCCUGCCAGGCCUAAUAAGGGAUGCCGAGUGUUCAUCACUGGUCGGGCAAAGUACUUCGGAAGGCAAAAUAAUUCAGAGAUUUCCUAUGAAAAUCAAGUGGAAAUAUAUGUGACGACCCCGUCUGCAAUUUUCACGACGUUAAUCAACGAAAAAGGUUUCAACAAUCCACAUUUGAUUCGCCUGAGCAAAGGUGUCAAGGGAAGUGACGAGGACAAGGGAAGUGAUGAGGGAGGUAGCAGCGAGGUAGACAACAAGGGCGGCAGAAAACAGGCUAUACAACAGUACAAGACAGGCAGGAGGCGGCGUCGCGGGGCGUAUGGUCUUCGUGUCAACACCCAGACUGACGAGGAUGGAUUUCACCAAGUCACUAUCCCCUCCUGCCAACUGAAUGUUAAAUACAGGGCCCACGACGGGGCGUUCUCUCUCCAGACCCCCCUCAGGUCAAUUGAAAGGCGGGGUCUAUGUGGAUGGUGUGGCGGCAAAUCAGACCGAGGCAGCUCCUUGUUGACCCGACAGCAAACACUUGAAGUGGUUCUAGCUUCACUGUACGCCGUCAGCCCCAUCGACCACACGGACGCCAACAUAUACCCAUCAUGUACAGCACUGACUGACACCUUCGCCUCUUGUCCACUCCAAAGACGACCACUUGCAACAUCAUUCUGUGGUCAAAUGCUCACCAACUCGGAUGUCAAUCGCUGUCUGGCGGGAAAGGAGGGGAAAGAGCACGUGCAAGACGUGUUUGCCAAGUGCUACAAGCUCGUCUGCACGAAACACACAAAAUGUGCGACCUACCUGGCGUUUUUCAGAGACUGUCUUUCUGAAACCCAGGCGACCGAUCUCGUCAAAGACAAGCUAUUCUGUAAUUGAAUGGAUCGAAUUUCAUAAACGAGUUGCAGAAAUUUGUCUUGAACCGUUAUCCACACUGUAUGGAUCACGCAUCUGUAAAUCUGGUACUUUGCUAUAGAAUUGUCGUUCUCUGUAAAACUUUCAAGGUAUUUUCUCUGUACUAAAUAUUAAGUUGACUAUUGUCUGUUGUAUAAUAUUGGAAAAUUAAACUCAUCUUCAAAGGUU